AUGUUUCACCCAGAACAAGUCAGCAAAACUCGUCCCACACCUUUUGAAGUCACUAGAACCAAUAAUUCGUAUGAUCGCGAAGCAUUAGUCGUAGCUCGUUAUCCAAGUUGCGAACGAAGCGUGCUUCCCAUGGAAUAUCCUAUCGGCGUUCCACGUGAUCGAAGCGUCGCCUGGACUUCACAUGAUCGAGCUUUAUCGCAUUCUGCGCAUUCGGAUUCGUCCCGCGGGGACUAUUGGUCUUCGUUUUCUGAGCCGUUGGUCCGUCAUUCAGCAAGUAGCGAACAUGGCGGGGUAUCACGCAAACGUGGCCAAGAUCCUAUUGACGGGAGUCCAACUCAUCAAUCAUCAUUGAUUUGUCGUAACCAGAGGCCUUCGCGAGUGAGGGCUGAACAGUCACAUGACUUAUAUCAAGCCCCACAAGAAACCCGACGAAGAUAUAAAGACGUAGUGCCAUAUUUUGAGGAUAUGGCGCUGGAUAAAAUCCCGAGGGGUCAAUCCCCUCCAAUGAGUAAGCAGCGAAGGUCUUCCUGGGACCCCUAUGACGACCCCAACGCAACAAGCUUGAGUCUUGUCCAUGGUCGCGUUCGUCAUAAAAGGGACCAUUCCAAUCAGAUUCUUUCGGAUGUAAAAGAGUCUUAUGAUUGGGUCGGUCCUAGGUCCGGUCAAGAUAGGAAACAGCACGCAGCCAUUCCACCAAAGGCUCCCAAAAUCCCUAGACUUCCAACCCCUGAUUUUGACUUUGAUGAUUAUGACGAGAAGAGUCCAGUCAUUCAUCAAUUCUGCGCAUGCUGUGAUGCGAAUGAUAGCUUCGGAGCAGGGUCCGACCGAAGAGAAUGCUCUAUCGCCAAAAUGGAAAGACAAGUGCACGAGGCAAAGUCCUAUAUAUCGCGCAAGGACCCACGCUCUCGCUAA